AUGACCCUGUGGAAUGGCUCCUUCCCCUUCUACCCUGGCGCCAAUGCAUGCUUCCCCUUUGACACCACCCAGGCCAUCAUUUUCUCCAUCUUCCUCUCCAUGUUGGCCACUUUCAUCAUCAUCCUACCAGGAAUCCGGGGCAGGGGGCAACUCUUCCGGUUCCUGCGGGUGGUGAUGGGCCUUCUCGUGGGAGCAGUCAUUCUCACUAUACAGUUCACCAGGGACUGGGAGACCAGCUGGGUGACAGCAAACACCUCCUACAAGUCCUUCAGCCGUGCCCUGGUGAAUGCAGACAUUGGGCUGCACAUUGGCUUGGCGGGAUUGAAUGUCACACUGGUGGGAAACCCAGUGAAUCAGGUCAAUGAGACCAUCAACUACAAUGAGCACUUUGCCUGGAGCUUCACUGCGGACUAUGACCACAGCUAUGGUGAAGCCCUGGAGAAAGGGCUGCCCAGCCCCAUCCUCUACGUGGCAGAGAAGUUCACUACACAAAGCCCCUGCAGCAUGAACAGGCAGUACCGCAUCUCUGGCCACUAUGUAUCCCUCACACUGUGGAUGGCCUUUUGCACAUGGCUCAUUUCAAUCCUAUUGUUCUCCAUGCCCAUCCUGCUCUAUGGUGGCUACAUGCUCCUGCUCACUGCCACACUGAUGCUCUUCUCACUGCUCUUCUUCAUUGUGAGGAACACCCCAAAGUGUCCCAUCCAGUUUGGCCCAGCUUCCCUCAAAACAGGCUAUGGUGGAUCCUUUUGGCUGACAUUAGUGACAGGGCUGCUGUGCCUGCUGUUGGGAUUGGGCAUCAUCAUCUUGAACUCCAUGCAGCCAGAGAAGCUGAAGCUUGUCUUCAACCUGGAUGAGGGAAAGGGAGAAAAAGAGGACGGGUGGGACAAAUCCUACCUACCAGCUGAGCCCAGCUCAUCUGUGCAGGAGGUGCUGAUGGUCCCCCUGGGCGAGCUUU